CCGGACCAAUUCAUUCUUGCAUGUGCAGACCGCUCACGACUGUGCAAAUCUCAUACUCCACCACGUUCGGCGGGAUUGACUUCGGUGGCUGCGGGAAGCACCUCUUCUUUUCUGUCAACAUUUCGACUCUGACAAACAUUUCUCUACCUUGUUGAAGCCAACUUUUUUUUACACCAAAUGCAGCGAGAACUUGCCGACAGGUGGGCUCGUAGCCGUUAUAUCGGUUGAUUCGGAGGGGGAGGUAAACGCAGUUGGUCUGCGUCGUUACACCAGGGAAAGAGAGGCCCAACAUAUCAAACAAAAAUACAAAAAAGAACAAACACAACAACUGUCGCUUCCGAUCCUUUUAGCACUCCCUUGCUUCCCUUCCCUCCUGGCCGCAGAGAGCCACCAUGGUCAAUAUGCAUAUCUCAGAGAAGCUCGCUUCGAAUUUGAAGGAGAACAAACCCAGCUUCUCCUUCGAGUUUUUCCCUCCCAAAACUGCACAGGGUGUCCAGAACCUUUACGAUCGAAUGGACCGCAUGCACGAUCUUGGUCCUCUUUUUAUAGACAUCACCUGGGGUGCUGGUGGAAGAAACUCACAAUUGACAUGUGAAAUGGUCAACGCAGCUCAAAGCCACUAUGGUUUAGAGACUUGUAUGCAUUUGACUUGCACGGACAUGGAACGCUCACAAGUCGACCGGGCCCUCGACCGGGCCCGCGAUGCUGGUUGCAAGAACAUUCUGGCUCUGCGAGGUGAUCCACCCCGAGACAAGGAGAAGUGGGAAGCAAAAGAUGGAGGAUUCCGACACGCAAGAGACUUGGUCAAGCACAUAAGGGCCAAGUAUGGCAAUAUCUUUGAUAUUGGGGUUGCUGGCUAUGCAGAAGGAUGUGAUGACAAUCGAGACGUGGAUGUUCUGAUUGAUCACCUGAAGGAAAAAGUUGACGCCGGUGCUACGUUCAUUGUCACGCAGAUGUUCUACGACGUCGACAUCUUCCUGAACUGGGUCCGAAAAUGUCGAGAUAGAGGCAUCAACGUCCCGAUCAUCCCCGGAAUCAUGCCUAUUUCGACUUAUGCAUCGUUCAUGAGGCGAGCCGAGUGGACCAAAUGCAACGUUCCCAAGGAAUGGUACGAAGCCUUAGAGCCGGUGAAGAACGAUGAUGCUGCAGUAAGGGACAUUGGCAAGGAUUUGAUUGCCCAGAUGUGCCGUAAGAUUCUGGACGCUGGCAUCUUGCACUUGCACUUCUACACCAUGAACCUGGCACAAUCUACGAGACUGAUUCUUGAAGAGCUGGUAUUGACCCCAGAAACCUCAGGCAAGCCACUAGAGAAACCACUGCCAUGGCGUCAAUCUCUUGGCUUGAAUCGUAGGGACGAAAAUGUCAGGCCAAUAUUCUGGCGCAACCGCAAUACGUCCUAUAUUGCCAGGACAGCAGAUUGGGAUGAAUUUCCCAACGGUCGUUGGGGUGACAGUCGAAGUCCUGCUUUCGGUGAGCUUGACGCGUAUGGAAUUGGAUUGAAAGGCACGAACGAGGCGAACAUCAAGCUUUGGAACAAACCCAAGACACUUCGAGAGAUUACAGAACUUUUUGUCCGAUUCCUCAACGGUGGAUUGGAAAGAUUGCCUUGGAGCGAAGGAACAAUUUCGGCAGAGGCGAGCAUCAUCAAAGAGGAUCUCCUCAAGUUGAACAAGCGUGGUCUCCUGACCAUCAACUCACAGCCAGCUGUUGAUGGAGCGGCCUCUUCUGAUCCCGUUCAUGGAUGGGGACCACCUGGAGGAUGGGUAUACCAGAAGGCGUACCUGGAGCUGUUGGCAUUCCCUUCCAUGAUCGACACGAUCAUCGAAAGGCUCAACGCCAACAAAAACCUGACCUACUACGCAGUCAACAAGCAUGGCAAACUCAUCACCAACGCAAAGGACGAAGGACCAAACGCGGUGACAUGGGGUAUCUUCCCUAACCGAGAAGUGGUUCAACCUACCAUCGUCGAGACAGUGUCUUUCCUAGCGUGGAAGGACGAAGCUUUCCGACUUGGAGAGGAUUGGGCCAAGUGUUACCCAGCCGGCUCCGCAUCACGCAAGUUGGUCCAGGAGAUGAUGAACGAGUGCUACCUCGUGAACAUUGUCAACAAUGAUUUCCACAACACACGCGAGAUCUUCACCGUCUUCGAAGGCCUUGAGGCUGAAGACCUUGACCAGGUCUUCACCGAUGACGGUGCUGAUGUCCAAAAUAACCCCUCCAGAGACGUCUUAAACGGCGAAGCCUCGGCGUCCGAAAUCGAAAAGAACAUUACGAAUGCAAACCAACAACGGAUCCCCUUCCAAACCAACGGGGUUGCCCCAGUAAAAUAAACGGAUGAUCCUAUAUAGGACAUGUGCUGUCAACCAGCUCUGUCGAUGAUACGCGUCCUAACGCAUACGUGGCACAGGACACAUUACGAGACUUUUUUGCUCUUAGAGAGACCCCCAGGAGCUUUUAUCACGGUGGCAUACUUCAACCACGUUUUGCCCCGACAAACCAUUUUUGUUUUUAUGUUUUUAUGUUCCCCAUCGGCGUUCCAUGGCAAAGAGACAAGAGGGAGGUUGGAAUGCACGAUCAGAGGAAGAAUUUUCCCGGCGGCAUUUGGAACACCUUUUGAUGGACUUGAUAAAAAAGAUUGGAGCGAAAAAUAUCUCAUUUCAACAUGAUACCCCCCCAGAGCGUGACGAGAGAAGAAGAAAAGUGCGGUAUUCCUGUUUUUAACGAAGCGACGAUGUGAUGUCUACGAAAGAAGAAGAAGAGAAAAAAAAGAAGAGAGAAGAGAGGGUGGUGGAUGGGCACGGGCAGGUACUAUUCUGCCAGAGUGUGGUGACUCGUAACGAGUGAGUUAGUUUGGUGGACUUGAGGGGGACCUUUUCAACCAUAGGUCCCCCUUGCAACGACGUCCUCUUUUGUUGACAAGGUAGCUUAGUAUCAGAAAGACUAGGAAUACAACAAGUGUAGCUGAGCGAAUA